CCUCUCUUUCGCUUUGCACGCGGAGCUUGGCGAUGUGGUGGUGCGGGCGCCUCUUGAGGACCCCGCUUUCUCCGGGCCUGGGCAGCCCCUCCCGGGCCCAGUCUGCCCUGGCGCAGCUGCAGCAGGUGCUGGAGGGGGAGCUCGAGGGCAUCCGCGGCGCGGGCACCUGGAAGGGCGAGAGGGUGAUCACGUCGAGGCAAGGACCGCGCAUCCAGGUGGAAGGCAGCCGCGGAGAUAUCCUGAAUUUUUGUGCCAACAAUUACCUAGGAUUGUCCAGCCACCCCAAGGUGAUCCGUUCUGGACUGGAUGCCCUGGAGAAGUAUGGAGCUGGCCUCAGUUCCGUCCGCUUCAUCUGUGGAACACAAAAUAUACACAAGGAUCUGGAGGAGAAGAUUGCCCGUUUCCAUCAGAGAGAAGACACCAUUCUCUACGCCAGCUGCUUUGAUGCCAAUGCUGGGAUCUUCGAGGCUCUACUGACCCCUGAAGAUGCAAUACUUUCAGAUGAACUGAAUCAUGCCUCUAUCAUUGAUGGGAUCCGGCUGUGUAAAGCCAACAAAUAUCGCUACAAGCACAUGGACAUGCAGGACCUGGAAGCCAAGUUGCAGGAUGCCCAAAAAUAUCGUUUGAGGAUGGUGGCUACGGAUGGUGCUUUCUCCAUGGAUGGUGACAUUGCUCCCUUGCAGGAAAUCUGUAGGCUGUCCCAGAAAUACAAAGCCAUUGUUUUUGUUGAUGAAUGUCACGCCACUGGAUUUCUUGGGCCCAACGGACGGGGCACUGAUGAACUCUUGGGAGUGAUGGACCAAGUCACUAUAAUCAACUCCACACUUGGGAAGGCGCUUGGGGGAGCAGCAGGUGGCUACACAACCGGCCCCAAAGCGCUCAUUGAUCUCCUUCGCCAACGGUCGCGCCCUUACCUCUUUUCCAAUAGUUUGCCUCCUGCCGUGGUGGGCUGUGCCUCCAAGGCUCUGGAUCUGCUCAUGGAGAGCAAUGCCAUUGCACAGUCCAUGGCUGCCAAGACCACACGUUUCCGAAGCAAGAUGGCGGCAGCUGGAUUCACCAUUGCAGGGAAUAACCACCCUAUUUGCCCUGUGAUGUUGGGCGAUGCCCGGCUGGCAUCCUUGAUGGCUGAUGACAUGCUGAAGAGAGGCAUCUAUGUCAUUGGAUUCAGCUACCCCGUGGUGCCCAAGGGAAAAGCUCGCAUCCGGGUGCAGAUCUCAGCUGUUCACAGUGACGAGGAUAUUGAUCGGUGCGUGGAGGCCUUUGUGGAAGUUGGCCGUAAGCAUGGAGCCUUGCCUUGAAUGGCUGAACAUCAUGAGCUGUAGGAUGCCUUUCGAAACCUGAAACCUGCAGGUGGACGGUGCUGCUUUUCAGAGAGGUGGUAGUGACUUUGAAAAGAGGCCUUGCUCACAUCACUUUUGGUGCUCUGUUGCCAGACUCUAGAACCUGUGCAUUCUACCUCUGCUUAAGGAGGACCGCAAUGUGCCUGGAGGAGAGUAAUAAAGGUGAUAUUGACCCUA